AACCUUGUGACGCAAUAUUGACUGAUGUACACUAUGUCUGUACACCCUGCUAUGUAUGUACUAUAUAAGUAAGGAAUAGAUCUACAAUCAGCACAUCUUGUAGGACUAAUACAGGCAUAAACAUGAAGUACUUGGUUAUAGUUCUCUUUGUCGGAGUAGCUCUUGCAGCACCAUCUGAAAAUAAAAGGGAAAAAAGACAAGUGCUACCAAACUGUGUCGAUUCAUACCAGAAUGUGGUCAACCCUUGCAGGAGUAAUGCUAACAAUAGAGUAUACUAUCCUCAUCCACGUGACCAAACAAAAUUCCUCCAAUGUGAUGUUUUCGGACGAAUGUUUGUUAUUCAGUGCCCAGCUGGUGAGAUCUAUAACCAAGCUACUACUACAUGUAUCAAACUACAGACCACAACAUCACAGACAACAAACACCGGAGUACAAAAUCCUUGUACGACUGCUAACGUCAACAGCGGCAAAAUUUACUUCUCUGUAGCUACAGAUAGUCAUCAAUUUAUUGAAUGUGAUCUCAAUGGAAACGCAAACGUCCUAACAUGUCCAUCACAGUUACUCUGGGACGAAAACCGUCUGUCAUGUGUUUAUCAAUUCCAGACUGGGGUUAUGGUUACAACACCCAAUCCAAAUGGUGGCUUAGGAGGUAUAGCCAAUCCUUGUAGAGGAUCUGCAACAAGCCAUCAGUUUUUCUCCCAUCCAGACGCUACCAAAUUCAUCCAAUGUGACAUUGCUGGUGAUGCCUUUGUUUUAUCCUGCCCUUCAGGAUUAGUCUGGAACCAGUUCGCCACCACAUGUGUCUCACCCUACAAUAUGGUCGCCGGUAGAUAGACUUUUUGAUGCAAAUUACACAAUGAGGAUUAACUGAAAGUGAAGAGAUCGCAACUUGUCAUAAUAUAUUUGAUUCAAUAAAAAAAACUCUGGUUCUUGUUAAA